AUGAAUAAGAGAUCAAGCAACAGACAGUUCAUGAAAAUGAGCAUGCCUAAUAUUACUUUCUUGAAGAAUAUGACUACAAGGAAUAUCUCUACCAGAAAACCGAGCAGAAAAUAGUGAGAAGAGCUUAAAUAGGAACAAGAGUACUUCUCAGAGAUCUCUUACCAAUAAUUUUCGAAAAAUUAAUAAAUCUAAAAAUCAAUCAUCAGGCUCUAAGCAUGGGAAGACCAAUAGACUUCUUCAGAAUUCUAAGAGGAAGUUUCAGGUUGGAUCAAAUGAGUCAAGUUUUAACAGACUUAAAGACAUAGAUACCUCCGCAAUUAGCUCAAUGGUAUAUAAAAUAGGGACAAAAAAUGCAAAAUAAGGUUGGUUCUACAUCAAAUAAUCCACUUUCUCCCCGAAAUUCCAAUAAUUUUCAGAGAUACUUGAUGUCUGCCGAGAGACAGAGCAAUAUUAGGAAAAGCUCUAAACUGCUGAAAUCUUAUUAUGGCGAAGCUAAAAAUAUGAAGCCAAUCAAAAGUUCGAGAGAGAGCUUAAGCAGCACAGCGAGAAGUAAUGCAAGAGGAAUGAGUAAAUCCAGGAAAUCUCUAAAACAUUCCCUCACUAGACAAUAUUUGACAAAAAGCAAAGGACAAGGAACCAAGAAGAAGAUGAAUUUAUCUAAUUUAAUGAAUAAUAGAAGAAUGAAUAACCAUAGAAGUCGUGCAUCUAAUAAUCUGACUUGCUUUAAAUCCUCGAAUACAAAUAAAUCAACAAGCUCAAAAAGGCUGAAGAGACAACAUAGUAAUAGAAGUAGUGCAAAUAUUUCACAGACAAGUCAGAAAUCACUAAAGAGGAAGAAACCAAAAAUAGACAAUCUUCAGAAGAAAAUUACUGCAGCUAUUGGAGAAAAGAGCCACGUCUCUACUUCAUCUAAUGUUUCUCCUCGGAACCAGCCAAAAGGAAAGCUUGAGUUAAAGAAUCAGGUUUGUAUGAACCCUAAGUUCAAAUAAGUACCUCGAAAAGAGGAUUCAGAAGAAAGUGCUAAUGAAGCCUAAAUCUCCAGUGAUUUCUAAUAUAAAGAAGAACUCAGUUGCUCCUACUCGGAAUAGAGCUAAUUUGAAUCAAUAUCUAAGCAACCUACAGUCAAGUAGGAACGAUAAGAGGAAGUCAUUGGUAAAAAGCAGGGAGUCGCACUUAUCCAAUCCUCAGCAGCCAAGUGGAACUCCGUUGCAGAAGCCCAAAUUCCCAAUGUCUUCCUCCCAAGCUCUCAAGUUUUAUAGGAAGGAGAUGAGUGAGCAUGAGAUGGGAGAGAUUUUAGACUUCAAAACUAUAUAUUACUUAGGCCAAAAUUCUGAUAAAAUUCAGGCCAGUGUCCUUAAAAGUCCGAAUUACGGGUAUGACGAUAAGAAUGGUGACUACAAAGUUGUCCUUAAUGACCACAUCGCCUACAGGUAUCAAGUUGUAGACUCAGGUAAUUCCUCUGCUACCAUUCUUGGAAAGGGCAGUUUCGGUCAAGCCUUAAAAUGAUACGAUUGAAAGGAGAACAAACUUGUCUGCCUAAAAAUAAUUAAAAGUGAGAAGAGAUUCUUUAAGCAAGGCUUAAUAGAGGUUAAAAUUCUCAAAUACCUCAACGAAGCAGGACCAGAUGAGAUGCACAAUGGUGUAUCAAUGGAAGAAUCCUUCCUCUUCAGGAACCAUCUGUGUAUUGUCUUUGAACUUUUGAGUAUAAAUCUUUAUGAGUUUUUAAAAUAAGAAUAACUUUUCAGGUGUCUCUCUUGGCUUAGUCAAGAGAUUUGCUGUUCAACUACUCAUGUGACUCGAGUUCUUGGAAGAGAAUAAGAUUAUACACUGAGACCUGAAACCAGAGAAUAUCAUGCUUGUCAAAGAGGACAGGUCGAAGCUAAAAGUCAUUGAUUUUGGAAGUGGCUGAUUUGAAUCUGAAAGGAUGUACACCUACAUUCAAUCUAGAUUUUAUCGAUCACCUGAGGUUAUAUUGGGUAUUCCUUACACCACAGCUAUUGAUAUGUGGAGCCUGGGUUGUAUUCUAUGCGAGCUUCUGAUUGGGUAUCCUAUCUUUCCUGGGCAGAACGAGUUUGAGCAGAUGUCACGAAUAAUGGAAAUUCUUGAUGUACCUCCUAAGGAGGUACUUGAAAUUUCGCCUCGGAAAGAAUAUUUCUUUGAUGAGAAAGACAAGCCAAUCCUGAAGCCUAACUCGAAGGGGAAGACCAGGUACCCGAAUACCCUUGACUUAGGGGAGAUACUAGGAGUGGAGGAUCCUAUCUUCAUGGAUUUCUUGCUUGGAACUCUUGAUUGGAACCCUAAAACUAGAGUCAAACCUAUUGAUGCUCUCCAGCAUGAAUGGAUCGCUCAAGAUUUUCCUCCUCACUUAUUUAUCAGGGAAAAUUAAAAUUUGACCUAAUUUUCA